AUUAGCACUGUCUUAAAUUGCCAAAUUGCAGGAGCUGUCACAUGUAGCGUGAAUUGCUCGUUUGCUGUCGAAAGGUAUAAAACCCGCCGCUGAGGACGUCCUUCCAGCAGCAGCAUCACCCACCACGAGAUUCAAAAUCAACAACAGCACCCCUCCGAAGCAUCAGUGCAACAAUGUCCAGAAGCGAGAACAAGAAUACCCUCGUCGACCGCCUUCCCAUCGUCGACUCCAUGCUAGGAAUGUCGACGCGAGCCGCUGUGCUCCUUCUCUCCCCUAUCCUGCUCGUCCUCAUUGUCGUCGAAUCUGGCUGGGGCUUCUACAUCCUCGCCGAGUGGUCUGACACUCUGACGACGUUCCACAAGAUCAUGACGGGUCUUCAAAGCGCUUUCCUGGUCAUCCUCGUUGUCUUGUUGAUCGUCGGCGACUUCGGUUUGAUUCGCAGGAACGGCAAGAUCAUCAAACUCUUUGCACAUGGUGCGCUGCUCAAGGGUCUCAUCCUCGGUCUUGUCGGCCUCGUCCACAUCAUCUCCGUCGUGAAGAACAAGGACGAGUUCCUGCGCGACUGUCGCGCUGACGGCUCGAACGUUUGCGACACGGUGAGUGCUUUCGCAUCACCAUCAACCCCCAUCGUUCCUGACAUGUCUUGCAUCACAUCAUAGAUCAAUGAUCUCAACAUUGGCCUGUCGAUUGGUCUGUGGAUCCCGCAGGAGCUGAUCCUCUUUGUCAUGGCCGUUGGUGAGCCUCUUUCUCAGUCCAACUUCCAGGCAAGCUCGGUACUGACAUAGGCCUGCAGCACUUCACUCCUACGACGUCCUUUCGAUGCAACAGCGUGGGCCUAACGGGCAUGUCGAGAACGGCAACACGGCCUACCUGCAGCCACAGUACGCCAAUUCCUACUACAAGUGAUUGUGCCCU